UGGGAAAUCAGGAAGUGAAGAAAUAGAUCAGCCCUGGAGUCCACUCCUCAAAAGACACAGAGGCACAAAGAGCAAACACAUGGCGUUACAUAUUUCAAGGAUUUUUACCGUGCUACUCCUGUGCGGCAUGAUCUUCGCUGCAGAGCACACGGCUGAAGCCACCUCCGUUCGAGAGAGAUGUGAGUGUGUGCAGACCGUGGACUCUGUGCGCUGGAGACGGAUCGCGGAUUUCAUCGUCACCCGCGAGGGCCCUCUCUGCAAAUACACUCAGAUCGUCCUCACUCUGAAGAAUAAGAAAGAAGCCUGCCUAAAUCCGGACGCGAAGCAAGGGAAGAGGCUGCAGACAUGCUGGAAGAGAAUCCGCGGAAACCCGGCGGGAAAGAAAGGGUGCUUGCGCCUGAAACGCCGCGGAGCCAAGAGGAGAUCGCGGACGUUCGGACCUGCGGGGAACGCACAUCGCCUGCAUACAUAGCAGCGUGUUACUACUUUUUUCUUCACAACCACUGUUUGCUAAGUUCAGCCCUCAGCAAAAUAAUCUUUUCAAACUGUGCUCCUGAAGAAAACAAAGAUUUGCAUUUAAUCAAGAGUCACAGUUAAGGGCAAAAAUAUUGAUUGCACCAAGGCCACCGAUUUAUAUUUCUUCUUUUUUUGCAAUUUGCAUUUUUCUUUAUGUGGCACAAAUUAUGGAUAUUUUUUCAGUCAAACUGAAAAUCAGAGCAAUGUAACUCCCUCCCACCCAGAAAUCAUUCACAAACAAUUUCAUUAAUUCACAUAAAAGAAGACUUUUAUAUUCAUGUAAUUAACAAGCAUCUGCAUCUUCUUACAGUGUGAGUGUCAGGAGCCACCUGAAGACAUGUUGUGUUCUUCAAUGUCUCUUUUUAUUUCCUGGCCGUCUCUCAAGGUUUAAACAUAAGGGACUGUCACAGUCAAGGUCACACCGAGUGAGAGAUUUGACCCUGGGAAUUAAAAUUGCUGAGUUUUUUUUUUUUUUUUUUGGAAUACAUAACGAUGCCCCCUUGAGGGUAACCCCUCUUUGACGAAUGGACCUUUUGUUCUCGUAUCGAUUUGGUCCUUUUGAUCCCGUUGGGGCCAGAGUGACUUGCGUCUGCCUCUUAAAAGCGAUGAGCGGGGCCAUUGUGAUGCAGAGCCACGAGAGCAUCGCUCCCCAGCUGCGGAGCUGUGUGGAAGGAACCGGGAACACACAGGUUGGGCUAUUAUCAUCCCCCCCCCCCAUCACUCUCUUCAACGAAACUGUACAUUUUUGUGAUUAGAUAUCUCUUCAUUCUCAUUCUCUUAGUGCCCGCCUGCAGAUUCAGUACAAUGGUCCUUGAAAAUCAGCUAUUGAGGAAUAGUUCAGGGUACAUUACAUUACAAUACAUCACAGGCAUUUGGCAAUUGCUCUUGUCCAACUUUCGCAUAGUAUCCAUUUAUACAGCUGGAAAAAUGUUGAAGGGAUUCAGAAUAGGUACCUUGCUCAAGGGCACAAUGACAGUGCCCUUCCUGGGCAUCGAACCUGCAAACCCUCAGAUUACUCAGGCUUCACAGGCGAAUGCAGGCACAGACCCAAUCACAUAUUGACUCCCCAUGUUAGCUACAGUAGGUCAUUGGUUUGAAGCCUGGAGUAAAGUGCCCGUGUUGGAUUGUAAGAGGGCUGUAACUGUACAUAAGUUUCACAUGAACAAAAAUUGUAUUUUAUAUUUAGCAGUUUGUGUGUGUAUACUGUGAUGAAUAAUAUUUUUGACUAUUUUAGUCUGAUAUUUGUCACUACGAAUGUAUGAAUGUAUAAAAAGUGCUAUAAUUUUUACAUGGUGAAACCAAAGUGCUUAGCCAAAUCAUGAAAAAAUAUUUCUUGGUCUCAAACAUUAUGGACCUCACUGUAUAAUCAAGUCAUUCCCUUUUAGCAACUGCUCAUUGUUACAAAUAUGAAUUGGCCUUGUUAUAUUUAGCGCUAGUUAUUUUUGUAUUAGACUGCGUUCCGUUGUCUUUUAAUGUGCUUAAAAUAAAUAAUAAAUUUCUUUUUUAUAUUAGCACAAUGUGGGCAAAAGUAGCAAAUUGACUCUGGUGAUUGCUGAUCAGCAGCCUGUGUGUAAAGCAAAAAAAAAAGAACCAUAAUUUUUAGGAGCAAGGGCUGACCGAACGCAGGCCUGUGUAUUCAAAUGUAUCGCCUUUUUCCCAAAGAAAAUUCAUCUUGAAAUGCUACGCUUGUGUGUGCACGAAUAAAGUUUUUUAUUUUAUUUUA